GGUGGAUUCCAAGGUACAAUUCAAUUGAUGAGAAAGCAAAGUGUAAUCCAUUCCAAUCAUUAGGUAAAAUACAAAAAUAAUCAUUGAGUCUGUGUGUACACAUUUUAGAUGAGGUUUUAGAUGCCGAUAAUUGCCCGAUUUUGCCUAGUUUACGGUGCUAGCAUGAUAACAUUAGCUUAGCAUGCUAACCAAUAGCAUGCAGGCUAAACCUUCCCAUCGAGCUGACCGGAAGAAACGCCAUAAAACUCACCUACGGUAUGUCAACACAACGCAAACAACAAAGCAGUGACCAGGAUUUUUUCCUAAAGAGGCAUGGGACUGAAUGCACACCCCAAGUGGAUGCUGACCUGACUGAUGGUGUCCUGGAAAUGAUGGUCAUAGACAUGAGGCCAUUAAAUAUGGUAGAAGGGGAAGGGUUUCAAAAAAUGAUCAAACGGUUUCACUCUGGCUACACAUUACCAUCAAGAACCCACUUCACUAAGCUUAUGGAGCAAAAAUACACAAAGAAAAUUAAUGAAGUCAAAGCAAUCCUAAAAAAUGUGAAAGGAAAACUGACACUCACAACUGAUGCAUGGACAAGUAAGGCCACUGAAGCUUACCUUGGUGUCACCAUUCACUUUAUUAAUGAUGAGUGGGAGCUUACCUCAAUUACCUUGACAACAAUGCCCCUCAAGGAAAGGCACAGUGCAGAAAAAGAUUCCUCUUGGAUUGAAGAUGUUCUCAAUAAGUUUGAAAUAAACAUAAAACAAGUACAAGUCAUUGUACAUGACAAUGCUGCAAAUGUUGUUGCAGCUUUAAGAGUUAUUGAGGAAAGACAUGGUGUUUUAUCCCUCAGAUGUACUGGCCAUACUGCACAGCUUGUAGUUAACCAAACUCUAAAGGACAACCACAUCAGCAGAGCUUUAGGAGCAGCAAGAAGUUUGGUCGAGCCCUUCAGAAAAAGUGAGCUGGCCAGUACAAAACUAAAGGUUAAGCAAAAACAAAUGGGUUCUCCAGACCACUGCCUCAUACAAGAUGUGUCUGUGAAAUGGAACAGUUCCUUUUACAUGAUUAGUCGCCUGCUUGAGCAGAGGUGGCCAAUAACAGCAACUCUGUCAGAUCCGGAGGUCCCUCAAAGAGGGAAGCAUUUUCUGGAUCUUAAGGCUGACCAGUGGAGCUUGUUUGAAGAACUUGAACAAGUUCUGAAACCUUUUGAAUGUGCAACUGUGUACCUGAGUAGAGAAUCGUAUGUAACAGUUUCCGCUGUCCCUCUGCUGGUGAAAGGGUUUCGGAAGGCUACACAAACUGCUUUUGAAAAUGCAUCAAUCAAGUGUUUCCAGGUCACUGCUGCACGUGAGAUAACAUCCAGGUGGGAAGCCGAGACCACAUUCAAAGAUGAUGGACCAAAUGUGUGCAUAUUAGCAGCUGCACUUGACCCACGAUUCAGGAAGCUGAAAUUCCUGACUGCAGAUGAGUGUUUAAAAGUUCAAUACAAGCUGCAUGCAAAAGUUCUGGAGGAGAAAAGAAGGGAAAAGAAGACAAACGCUCAACAGGGCACAGCAAUGCAAGUGGAAAGACCAGAUGCUGACAGGCGGCCUGUAUCUUUAAUAGACAUACUUUUUGGUUUAGAUUCAGAUGUACUCAGCAACAAUGAGGAAGACAACAAUGACUGUAAUGAUGCUGAACUGUUUGGAAACGAGUUAGUGUCUUAUUUUGGAGAAUCCCCCAUUUACAAGGAGGAAAACCCAUUAAAAUGGUGGAAAGAACAUCAGGCAAGGUUUCCAAAUCUGGCAAUGAUGACUCGGUCUUACCUCUCAGUACCAGCCACAUCGACCCCUACUGAGCUCCUAUUUUCAGCUUCUGGGAAUAUUGUAAACAAGAAAAGAACCAGCCUUUAGACAUGCUAACCUUGCUUCAUUACAAUUGUUAGUCACUCACUGGAAUGAGUAGAAUUGGUUAUUGUGUACUUUGUUGGACUGGAUGUUUAUUUUGCACAUUUUAAAAGCAAUACUUAAUGUUUACAGUGCUCAAGAAUAUUUAGAGUGGCACUUUUUUGUGCUGGAUGUUUAUCUUUAUUUUUGCACAUUUACAAAGCAAAAUAAGCAAUACAUUUUCUUUUGUUGAAAUGUUUACAUUGUUACAGAAUAUUUUGUUUUGCACUUUUUGUAUUGGAUGUUUAUCUUUAUUUUUGCACAUUUUAGCAAAUAAGCAAUAAUUUUACUUAUGUUGAAAUGUUUACACUUUUGUUACAGAAUAUUUCGUUUUGCACUUUUUGGUAUUGGAUAAUUAUACUUAUUUUUUCACAUUUUAAAGCAAAAUAAGCAAUACUUUUACUUUUGAAAUGCUUAUACUAUUGCAGAAUAUUAAGAUUUGCACUGGAUGUUUACUUUUAUAUUUUCACUUUAAAAAACAAAUAAGCUACCAACCGGUUUAGCUCGGUUGGUAGAGUGGCCGUGCCAGCAACUUGUGGGUUGCAGGUUCGAUUCUCGCUUCCGCCAUCCUAGUCACUGCUGUUGUGUCCUCGGGCAAGACACUUUACCCACCUGCUCCCAGUGCCACCCACACUGGUUUGAAUGUAACUUAGAUAUUGGGUUUCACUAUGUAAAAGCGCUUUGAGUCACCGGAGAAAAAGCGCUAUAUAAAUAUAAUUCACUUCACUUCACUUCACUAAAUGUUAAAAGUUUUAAAUGUUUACAUUGUUACAAAAUAUUUUGUCAUGUUGUCAAUGUUGACUGA